GACUCCAACCCACGGCCGCAGCCCAACGGGGCCUGUACCCACGACCAGCAGCAGCACCAGCACCAGCAAUCAACAAGCCGCCCGCGGCUCCUGGCGUGUAGACUCAGCGGAAGACAGAGACUGGCUGGUAUAUAUCCUCUCGCAGCAGCCAUGUAGGGUCACUAUCGCUAUCGCCAUCGCUCUCCGUAUCUUCGCCGUCUCCUUCAUUCACGUCACCCGCCUCCCCGAGCAGCAUCGCCGAUUCAAAGAUGACCUACUCGGAGGCAUUAACCGCUGCCGCUGCCGCUGCAGACCCGGCAAAGAAGCCGAUAUGGCCGGUGGUAUUAGGGGUGCUAGCAUGGGUAUUCUGGUCGAACCUGACCAUCCUCUUCAAUAAGUGGUUGAUAGAGUCGACCGAGUUCCAUUACCCAAUAAUCCUCACAACCUGGCACCUCCUCUUCGCGACCCUCGCCACGCAACUCCUCGCGCGGACGACGUCUCUGUUGAACAGCCGCCACACCCACCACAUGACGCCCCGCACCUACCUGCGCCAGAUCGUCCCCAUCGGGCUACUGUAUAGCGGCAGCCUGGUCACCAGCAACCUGACUUAUUUAUACCUAAAUGUCUCCUUCAUCCAGAUGCUCAAGGCCGGCGGGCCCAUCAUCACCCUCCUGACCAGCUGGGGCUGGCGCGUGGCGCGGCCCUCGCUCGAAUCGUUUCUGAAUAUCUUGGUCAUCGCGUUCAGCGUCGGGCUGGCUGUUGCUGGGGAGGUGCAGUUUGUCUGGACGGGGGUGGUCUUUCAGGUGGCGAGUCUGGUGUUUGAUGCCAAUCGGUUGGUUAUGAUUCAGAUUCUUCUGACCCAGGGGCAGGGGCAGGGGAAGAAGAUGGAUCCCCUUGUCACGCUGUAUUAUUCGGCGCCGGUGUGUGCGCUGACCAACGCCUUGAUCGCCCUGGGGAGUGGGGAGGUGGCCGGGUUUGAGUGGGGGGUGGUGCGGAGGACCGGGUGGGGGGUGUUGCUUGCUAAUGCUGGGGUGGGGUUUAUGUUGAAUGUGUCGAUUUUCGUGCUGAUCGGGAAAACGUCCGGGCUGACGAUGACGCUGGUCAGCGUGCCCAAGAAUAUCCUCUUGAUUGUCUGCUCGAUCGUCAUCUGGGGCUCGCCGGUGAGUUCGCUGCAGGUGGUCGGAUAUGGGAUUGCGUUGCUGGGGCUGUUGUAUUAUUCGCUUGGGUGGAGGACGAUUCAGCCGCUUUGUGAGGCGGCCGUCACGAAGGUGAAGGGCUGGCGGCGCGGGGAGGUGUAUAAGUAUGAGCCUGUUUAGGCUGUGUCGUCAUUUUCGACAAUUCAUAUGUAUGAUUAGAAAUAGAUUUAUGAAUACUAGGUGGUUGGAC